UAAGACCUUAAUUAAUACUACCGAUUGGUUAAAAUUAGAAUGAUUUUCAUUAAAUUCGUUUCAGCCUCAAAGAUAUGUCAUAUUGACUAAAUUACUUGAUAAUCUAAUUAAUUAUCAUUAUCAAAUAUGUUGAUGUUCUUGAUGUACACAAGUAACAAUGUAACUAACUAGUAUGGUAUCUCCAUAAUAACGCGGAAACUUUAGUAUGGUCGAUGGAUCAAUCAUCAAUAUAUAAAGAUGUGGCUUUUCUUUAUCAUUUUAAUGUUUUUUUAUCUGGAUUUGUCAACUCCUCUUAAUUUUUAAAAAUGAGUACAGAAGAACAAGAUCGAUUAGCACAUGAACGAUUAGAACGUUGGAAACAGCGUUUACAAAAUUUAAACGAACUUCAAUUACCUACUGAUUACCCUAGACCUUCGCCAGCAAAGGUUGUUGAGGCAGUUAAGAAAAUAACUUUAACUGAAGCAACAUCAAUAGCAAUUUUACAACUUUCGAGACCAUCCCUAUCUCUAAUAGAUGUGAACGGAACAAAUAAUGGGAACACGUCUCCAUUCAUAAUUCUAUUGGCUGCAUUCUCCAUACUAUUAUACCGAUAUACCGGUGUAGAGGAUAUCGCUGUAGGAUCUUCUUCAGGUUCAAGAAAUCCUCUCGUUUUAAGAAUACCCAUUAGCCCUACAGAUACUUUUGAACAAGUGGUUCAAAAGGUUCAUCAAGUUGAAGGAGAUGCAACUGCUGAUGAAAUCCCAUUUCAAUCAUUAUUAUCUUCAAUAUCUCACUCACCAUUGUUUCGUGUUCGUUUUUUUGAUCAAACUGAUAUUCCAGACAAACCACUACUACAAGCGACGUCAUCUACAACAGAUCUUACUGUUUUAAUUACUUCACAUUCUUCAUUACGCCAGGCACUUUUUUCGAUAGAAAUCUCAAUAUCUUAUAAUCAAGUUUUAUUUUCUGAAAAACGAAUUUCCCAUAUAUUUUCUCAAUUAAUUACUAUUCUUGAUAGUGUAGUUGGAAAUAACCAAUUAACUGUAGCUCAGAUUCCUAUCCUAUCUAAAAAAUGUCGUGAAGUUCUUCCUGAUCCACGUUCGGAUUUAAAAUGGGAUGAAUUUCAAGGUGCCAUUACGGAUAUUUUUGCUAGUAAUGCAAAAAAAUUUCCUGAUAGGUCUUGUGUGAUAGAAUCUCGCGCUGAUAGUGAUGAGAAUCAUAUAUUUACAUAUCGUCAUAUCUAUGAAGCUUCUAACCUUGUUGCACGCUAUUUAAUUCGAAACGGAAUUGAAAGGGAAGAUGUAGUUAUGAUAUAUGCGUAUCGUGGCGUAGAUUUAGUUGUUGCAAUAAUGGGUGUUCUCAAAGCCGGUGCUACAUUUAGCGUAAUUGAUCCGGCUUAUCCACCAGAUCGCCAAAAUAUAUAUUUAUCAGUUGCCGUACCACGUGGAAUCAUUCUGCUCAAACGUACGGGAACUUUACAUCCAUCUGUUCGCGCAUAUAUUCAAGAGAAUCUUGAAAUCAAAUGUGAAAUUCCUGCAUUAGAAAUUGCAGAUGAUGGAUUUUUAAGGGGUGGUGAAGUUGUUGGUGGUGAUGCAUUAGAUUCAAUUCGAAAUGCAGAUGAUGUUAAUGUAGUCAUUGGACCAGAUAGUAUUGGAACUUUAAGCUUUACGAGCGGAAGUACUGGAAUUCCAAAAGGUGUUAGAGGACGCCAUUUUUCACUCACACAUUAUUAUCCAUGGAUGUCGAAAGAAUUUGGUCUUUCCGACAAAGAUAAAUUUACAAUGUUGAGUGGAAUCGCCCACGAUCCAGUUCAGCGUGAUAUCUUUACUCCAUUGUUUCUUGGAGCUGAAUUACAUAUUCCAACCAGUGAAGAUAUCGGUGUUCCCGGAAGAUUGGCUACUUGGAUGGCUGAACAUGAAGUUACAAUAACUCAUUUAACUCCAGCUAUGGGUCAAUUGUUAGCUGCAAAUGCUGAUACACCAAUACCUUCUCUUCGAAAUGCUUUCUUUGUUGGUGAUAUUUUAACAAGGCGUGAUUGUAACCGUCUUCAACAUCUAGCACGCAACACCAAUAUUAUUAAUAUGUAUGGAACAACAGAAACACAACGAUCUGUUUCUUAUUUUACUAUUCCAUCACAUUCAUCUUUCCCUUCAUUUUUAUCAUCUCAGAAGGAUGUUAUACCCGCUGGAAAGGGUAUGCAAAAUGUUCAGUUGCUUGUUGUUAAUAGACAAAAAAAAGAUAUCUUAUGUGGUGUCGGUGAGAUUGGUGAAAUUUAUGUUAGAGCGGGUGGGUUAGCUGAAAGUUAUUUAAAAUUAGAUAACAUAACAAGGGAAAAAUUUAUUAAUAAUUGGUUUUGCGAUAUCCAAAACACAAAUGAAAAUAAGGGAAAUGAAAAAUGGGGUGAAUUUUGGAAAGGCAAGAGAGAUAGAUUAUAUAAGACUGGUGAUUUAGGAAGAUAUAUGCCAGACGGAAACGUCGAGUGUAGUGGAAGAGCUGAUGAUCAAGUUAAAAUUCGAGGAUUUAGGAUUGAACUUAGUGAAAUAGAUACAUAUCUCUCACAGCAUCCAAAUGUAAGAGAAAAUGUUACUUUGGUUCGUAGAGAUAAAUAUGAAGAGCAAACUCUUGUCAGUUAUUUUGUGCCUAUGAAAGGAGAUGAUCAAUCAGAGCUGAUAAGUUCUACUGAAGACGAAGAUGAAGAAGAAACGCCUUACAAUUUUAAAUAUCGUAAGCUUGUUAAAAAAAUAAAAGAAUAUUUAAAAACGAAAUUACCAAGCUAUAGUGUACCAAGUGUGAUUGUUCCACUUAAAAAGAUGCCUUUAACACCAAAUGGAAAGAUAGAUAAGCCUGCAUUGCCUUUUCCUGAUACCGCUGAACAGUCAACUAAAAUUGUUAAUAAAGUACAACAGAUGACAUCAACUGAACAGCAAGUACAUGAGAUAUGGACUCGACUUCUUCCAAAUUCAGUUAAAGCCAAUAUAUCAUUGGACGAGAGUUUCUUUGACCUUGGUGGACAUUCAAUUUUAGCCACGAGAUUAAUUUUUGAACUUAGAAAAACUUGUAACGUAAGCGUGCCCCUUGGACUUGUCUUUGAAAAACCGACCAUACGUGGACAAGCAAAAGAAGUUGAGAAUAUUUUAAGUAGUGAGUAUAAUAUUGCUGUUGAAGAGACUGAUACAGAAGAACUGGAUACUGCAAAUGAAGGCAAAUCUGAAGAUAUUGAUUCUAGGGAAGAUAAACUCGAAUUUGAUUAUGCCAGCGAUUAUGAAUCAUUGGUAAAUGAGCAUAUAGAAAGAAAUUAUGAACCGAUUCCAGAAAAUUAUUCCAGGAAAACUUUCUUUGUCACUGGGGUUACCGGAUUUCUUGGAGCCUUUAUUCUUUCAACUUUACUCGACUAUAGCAAUGACAUUAAACUUAUUGCUCAUGUUAGAGCCACAUCGAAAGUUCAUGCAAUGGAAAAGGUCAAAAAAAGUUGUCAGUCACAUUUAGUAUGGAGAAAUGAAUGGGAGACUCAAGGCAGAUUAGAAGUCAUUUGUGGUAAUUUGGAAGAGGAUAGGUUAGGUAUUGAAGAAAAAGAAUGGGAAUCACUUGCAGAACGUGUGGAUGUUGUAAUUCAUAAUGGAGCAUUGGUUCAUUGGGUUUUUCCCUAUUCAAAACUCAAAGCAACCAAUGUGCUUGGAACUGUAUGGGCACUUAAACUUGCCUCAACACAUCACACCAAACCUUUUAAUUUUGUUAGUUCAACUUCUGUCCUUGACACUGAACAUUAUGUCGAUUUAAGUGGUUCAAUUGUUGAGAGGGGUGGUAAAGGAAUAUAUGAAGACGACGAUUUAGAAGGUAGUAGGAGAGGAUUAAGGAGCGGAUACGGACAAAGCAAAUGGGUUGCGGAAAAACUAAUUAUGGAAGCAAGUAAGAGAGGAAUGCCAGCUACAAUAAUAAGACCUGGAUACAUUGUUGGACAUUCUAAAACUGGUGUUACAAACACGGAUGAUUUUAUUUGGAGAUUAAUUAAAGGAUGUGUUCAACUUGGGCUAGUUCCUACCAUUCAUAACACCGUUAAUAUGUGUCCGGUAGAUUAUGUUGCGGAAUGUGUUGUACGCAUAUCACUAUCGUCUACUGCAGCAUCAAAACUUGUUUUCCACAUUACACAUCCCUCAGAUCCAUCAUUUAUGUUCGACGAGUUAUUUAAUUGCUUGUAUCGUUAUGGGUAUACGGUAAAUGAAACGGAAUAUAUUGUAUGGAGAGACAGAUUAAUGGAACUUACAUUACAAGCAGAAGACAAUGCAUUAUAUCCGUUGCUUUAUUUCGUUCUUGAUGAUUUACCAACAUCAACAAAAUCUCCCGAAUUAGAUAAUAGUAACACACGAGAAAUUACUAAAAUAGAAUGUGAAAGGAUGGGAGAAAGAUUAAUAGGAAUUUAUUUAGGUUAUUUAGUUAAAGUAGGAUUUUUGGAUAAACCUGAUUUAAGAGGAAAAGUAAUAAAUAAUAACGGAGUUGAAAUUUUAGAUUUACCUGAUGUUGUCGCAGCUUUGGAAGGAGUUGAAGUUUUGAAAAGAAAUAGAUAGGAAUUAAAAAAUUAUUUAUUAUAUUAUUAUUAAUAUAAUUAAUUUUAGUAUAUAAAAAAUUAAAUGAAAAAAAAAAUUAUUUGGUAUUAUCUUCAAUUCACAUGCACUUUUAAUUAUUAUGGUUUUGGGUUGAGGAGCAUUAUAUCAUUGAGAUGUGAAGAGAGUGUGUGGAUUGAUGAUCAUGUAGACAUGUAAUUAGAAAUACAAUUAUUACACUCAAAAUGUCCG